GUCCCACAUGGUUAUACUGUAAAAUCAAUUUAAAUGAUACAGCGUUAUAGCUAAUGGUGAGAGAGAUCUCCAGCAAGGGUGGUUUUAGGAAACAGUGGGAUGGAGUGGUGAAUGAAGUAGGUAAAGAUAACACUUUCUUCAUAUUGUGAUAAAUUUCAAAUUUUUGGCAUGCAGUCUAAAAGUACAUUCAAGUUUAGUAGAAAUAAUAUUUCACUGUAAUAGUUUCAGUUUAGAGGCUAAUAAUUUAACAGGUCUUUGCCUUGGUCUCAGUAUCAUUGUCUUCCAUGAAUAUUCUUUGUCACAUGCCCAGAAAAGAUUAUAUUCCUAUUUAGCAGUCAUAAAAGCUUUAUAUAAGGCUGGCAUAAUGGCAUAAAAAUUGGUCUUUUAAUGAAGUUGAGGCUUGUGAUACAAAUACCUCUGUGUUUACUUCUGAACAUCUGAUAUGACUCAAAUUAUUUUCUUGUUCCGUAGGUUGAAUAGGAGACACAAGCAAGAUGAAAUCACAUUUCGUCACUGCUGUUGUUACUGCCUUUGUUCUGGCUUUGUUCCUGCAUUCAGGAAGCACUUUAGUAUGUUACAAGUGUGAUGGUUUUAACUGUGACAGAAAUGUGACCUGCACAGACAACAAGGAUUCUUGCAUAAUAAUAUAUCUUGCGGGAAGAAAUGUUUCUGACUGCUGGAAGUAUUCUGACUGUAAUACAGACUAUAUUCGGACUUCUUUGGAACAGAGGAACUUCAGAUUCAGGUGCUGCACAUGGAAUUUGUGCAAUGAUAGUCCCAUUACAGUAGGUAGCAAGAUAGUCCUCAGUGUGGCUUUCUUGCUGACUAUUGCCCAAAUGUUACAUUUUUAAUCUGGAUCUGAAAUGGGGCAUCGCUUUUCAAUUUAAAAAGACACCUAACACUGGUCUUUUAUGAGAAAGCAUUGCUGUUAGAGAAGAUCAAGUCAUUAAGAUCCAGUAUUCCAGUAUAAAAUUUGUUUGCUUUGCUGCACUUUUCAUACUUUCCCUUACAUUACUCAAUUCUAUUUGGAAAUUUACGUCUAAUCUGUAAGAUGAACAUUCACAUAGCCAAAUAUUGGACUUUCAAAAGUUGCUUCCCACACAAGCAAGUCUUUAUGUAUCUCAUAAAAUUGCCAACCACAUUUUAACUCGGAAGCAAUUGUUGCAAUAAAAGUGCUAUUGUGUACUUAAGUCUGGACUGAUUUUUUUUGAACUUUAGGCUCUUUUUGAAGCCACAGCUGAAGCUUGUCCAGUAUGCUAAACCACUCUAGUGGUCACAAUGAAUGAGCACACCAUCUCCUUGCCACUGUUGUGUGUGGUUCCUUGUCAACAUUUAGUGGCUUUUCUGUGAUUAAAUUAACUGUCUGAAUACAGAGUGGCCACCAUUCCAAAGUAGCACCUUGAAGCCUAUUUAUUGCAAGUACUGCUGGCAGGAAAUGAUAUUCUUUGUUUGAACAACAUGCUUAACCUUAGAAAAGCCACAACUUGAGAUUAAAAAGUUGGGUGUCACAGCAGUAAGGAGGCAGUGUGAAAAAAGGUGUUAAUUAGCUAGUUUCUCUUGAUGAUUGUCUAAUGCAUUCUUAUUUCUUCCUAACUUGGCUACAUAGCAAUGUGGGGUCUUUUAUUUAAGACUCCCCCAUAUGGAAUGGGCAAGAAGGCAGUAUUGAGCAGCCCUACUAAUUAUCACUGGUAAUCUUAGCAUUUUCUGUAUCUCUCUGCUGCCAUUUACUUGUCAUCCAGAUUGUGUAGC